UUCCACGCUGUUUUUUCAGUUAAUUCGACACAGACUCUUUUAUUAAAAAUUAUUUGACUUUAUUAACGUAAAGUUAUCAUUUUCCGAUGGUUCGCAUAAAAAUUAAUCGAAAAACUCUCUUUAUUUUAUUCAUUGCUUAUAUGCAACUACUCGUAUUUCUUGCACUUUAUCUGAAUCUAGCUGGACCAGCAGAACUUCUCAAUCCUAGAAGACAGAAAUUUUUUGGAACAAACUCGGCAAAUCGACAAAAUUCGAAUGAAACAUAUGGCACACCAAAGGCAACCAAGUUGAAAAGAGCGCCGCCAGUUUUUCAAGGUCCUACGAAUGAAAGACAAAAAGCCAUUGUACGAGCAUUCCAGCAUGCUUGGUCUGGAUAUAAAAAGUAUGCAUGGGGUCAUGAUGAACUUCGCCCAGUUUCAAAGCGAUUUGACGAUUCUUUUGGGCUUGGACUUACCAUUAUAGAUAGUUUAGAUACUGCGAUAAUAAUGGGAUUGGAAGAAGAAACUCGCGAUGGUGUUGAAUGGAUUCGGGAAAAUCUGAACGUGUCUCCAGCCAGAAGCGUUAAUGUAUUCGAGACCACAAUUCGAGUUCUCGGUGGACUGUUGAGUGGGUAUCAUCUGACAGGAGAAGAAGCGCUCCUUGAAAAAGCUACUCAGCUUGGAGAUAAUUUGAUCAAAGCCUUCACUAAAUCGUCUUCACUAAUACCAAAAAGUGAUGUAAACCUAGAUAACGGGAAUGCUUGCAGUCCAAAUCGCGAUCUUUCUUCUUUAGCUGAAGCCACCACUUUACAAUUGGAAUUCAGAGACUUGACAGCCUUGACCGGUGAUCAAAAGUAUGAAGAUGUGGCGUUCGGAGCAUCGGAGCAUGUUCACAAUGUUGGAUGUAAAAAGAUGGAUGGACUGUGCCCAUUUUACAUUGACGGAAAAGGAGAAUUCAAAAAAUCAAGUAUUACUCUUGGAGCUCGUGCUGACAGCUACUACGAAUAUCUUAUCAAGCAAUGGCUUCAAACCAAAAAAUCAAUUGAUUGGCUGCGUGACGACUUCAUUCAAUCCAUUGCCGCCAUGAAAAAGCAUCUCUAUAGACAAUCUCAGCCGAAUAGCAUCUGGUUUCUCGGUGAAAUAACCGAAUUGGCACAGUUCUAUCCAAAAAUGGAUCACCUUGUCUGUUUCCUUUCCGGAUCUCUUGUACUUUCCCAUUUAAAUGGUCUUGAUCAUGACAAUGAACAUUUGGAAAUGGCUAAAAAUAUUGGAAAUGUUUGUCAUAAAAUGUAUGAAAAUCCAACAGGACUUGGACCAGAAAUAAUACAUUUCAAUAUGGAGGAUAGUUCUGAUAUGACACAAGCGGAUACUUAUGUGAAGAAUCUUGAUGCUCAUUCACUUCUCCGUCCAGAAGCAAUUGAAGCGUGGUUCUAUUUGUAUCGUGUUACUAAAGAUAAGAAAUAUCAAGAGUGGGGAUGGAAAGCUUUUGAGUCGAUUGAAAAGUAUGCAAAAGUGGAAACUGGUGGAUACAGCUCAAUUGACAAUGUGCUCAGAAAGAAGAUCAAAAGACGUGACAAAAUGGAAUCAUUCUUCCUUGCUGAGACCCUCAAAUACCUUUACCUUCUAAUGGCUGAUGAUCAAGAAAUCCUUCCACUCGAUCGAUGGGUUCUCAACACUGAAGCCCACCCACUUCCAAUUUACAAUUGACUGAUGCUGUAUUUUUCACUUUUUGACGGGUUUUUAGAAUUUAUUUUUACCAAAAACAAAACGUUUGUCUAACAAAUAAACUAUAACACAUGU